UUAUAUAUAUCUCGUUUUGGCCAUUUCACUUUUCAGCUGAUGCUCUCUCCUUUUCCCGGAGCCAAAAGUUCCAUGGCGGCAGCCGGAGCUUGUCUCUUCCCGCCCGUCUUCUCCCCGGCUCGCCGUCGCCGGACCGAAGCUUCGGCCGCCGCCGGCUCCAAUCAGAACCCGAGGCUCAGCUCGUCGUCCGCCCGCAGAUUCGCCGUCUCGACGGAGCACGUGUCGUCCGCAGCAGCGACUGCAACUACCUUUCCUUCACCGAGGCCGGUCGGUUUCGGCGAGAACGGGAGGAGCCCCGAGAAACAUGGAGGAACGGCGAGCGACCAGAGCUCUUCGUCGCCGUUCAUGGAGGACGUGGAGCUGGAGAGCGGGCGUGAGAGGCUGAGGAGGUUCUUCGACGAGGCGAAGGAUCUGACCAGGCCGGACGGCGGACCGCCUCGCUGGUUCUCUCCUCUGGAGUGCGGCUCUCGCCUGGAGAAGUCGCCGCUGCUUCUCUAUUUGCCUGGACUCGACGGCACUGGAGCUGGGCUUACUUCGCAGUACAAAAAGCUCGGGAAGGUGUUCGACAUUUGGUGCUUGCACAUCCCAGUCAUGGAUAGAACGUCAUUUCUAGACCUGGUGAGAAUGGUUGAGAGAACAAUAAAAGCAGAGACCGACCGCUCUCCCAAUAGACCUAUAUAUCUUGUUGGAGAAUCAUUGGGAGGAUGCCUUGCAUUAGCUGUCGCAGCGCGCAACCCUGACACUGAUCUUCUAUUAAUCUUGGCUAAUCCAGCCACAUCUUUUGACAAGUCACAAAUACAACCUCUAUUACCUUUGCUGGAGUUAAUGCCGGAACAGUUGCAGCCAAGCUAUCCUUUCAUCCUGAGUUUGAUGGCAGGUGAUCCUUGGAGGACGUUCAAUGCUAGCACAGAAAAGGGGCUUCCUCCACAGCAAACAGUUGGAGAGCUAUCAAAGGACUUAUUGACCAUGCCAUCUUACAUAUCUGUUCUUGCUGAUAUUCUCCCAAAAGAAACACUUCUGUGGAAGCUUCAGAUGCUUAAAUCGGCUUCGGCAUAUACAAAUUCACGCAUUCAUGCUGUCAAGGCACAGACUCUACUUCUUACAAGUGGGAAGGAUCAACUAUUGCCAAGUCUAGCAGAAGGUGCUAGACUAGAAGAUGCACUGCAGAGAUGUGACCUCCGUAAAUUUGAUGACUGUGGUCAUUUCCUUUUCUUGGAAGACGGUUUUGAUUUGGUUACCAUAAUUAAGUGCCUUAGUUUCUACCGUCGUGGAAAAAGUCUCAACUAUGUUUCAGACUACCUGCCGCCAACCCCUGCUGAAUAUAAGAAACCAUGUGAAUCAAACAGAUGGUUUGAUGAGAUAACUGGCCCAGUGAUGCUGUCAACCUUAGAGGAUGGGAGGAUUGUUAGAGGUCUGGAUGGAAUUCCAUCAGAAGGGCCAGUUCUAUAUGUUGGCUAUCACAUGUUAUUGGGACUCGAACUGGUUCCUAUGGUUAUCCGAUUCCUAAAUCAGAGGAACAUACUCUUACGAGGGAUAGCACAUCCUAUGCUCUUUGAGAAAUACAGAAAAGGACAAACGCUUGAGCCGGCGUUUUAUGACACUUUCCGGUUGAUGGGUGCGGCACCUGUUUCAGGGACCAAUUUGUUCAAACUUCUUUCGUCAAAGUCCCAUGUCUUACUCUAUCCAGGAGGCAUGCGUGAAGCGCUUCAUCGUAAGGGUGAAGAAUACAAGCUAUUUUGGCCGGAGCAGUCUGAGUUUGUCAGGAUGGCAGUUCGCUUUGGAGCCAAAAUAGUGCCUUUUGGUACCGUUGGAGAAGAUGACUUUGGUGAAGUCUUUUUCGAUUAUGAUGACCAAAUGAAGAUCCCAUAUUUCAGGGACCAGAUUCGACAAAUGACGGAAGAAUUUGCAAAAGUGAGGACUAACGCAACGGGAGAGGUAGCCAAUCAAGAUGUGCACCUUCCUUGGGUUCGGCCAAAAAUUCCUGGGCGGUUCUAUUAUUAUUUCGGGAAACCAAUAGAAACAGCAGGGAGGAAGCAGGAAUUGAAAGACCGGGAAAAAUCCCAUGAACUGUAUCUAGAAGUCAAGUCGGAGGUAGAGCAAUGCAUGGCGUAUCUGAGAGAGAAACGAGAGAACGAUCCUUAUAGAAGCAUCUUCUCCCGAUUGAUGUACCGAGCCACACAUGGUUCCACAUCCGAAAUUCCAACAUUUGAACUGUGAUCGGAACCUCGCCGUAUUGCUUCAACUUACUCCAGACUAGUGUAGGCCACACAAGUUUUCACUGUACAGCAUAGCCGGGUCUUCGGUCGAUUAUUAUUUCUCAAAGGAAGGAGAACUUUGACAUUCUUUGGAGAACACUAUCGAGGGAAGAUAAAAGAUGCUGCAAGUACGUCUUUGACAUUUGUUACAUGGGACAUGUCAAUAUUAUUCGACAAGAACAAAGGUUUCUGAGAUUUCGGAUCUGUGACAUCCACAAUUGCUGCAUUCGAAGUAGCUCAGGAGCUCCCAGUCUGAAGAACAAUCAUGGAUGGGCUUCCGUUCUUUGCCUUCUGCGGCUCUUUACUGAAGCGUUUCCUUAACGUUCAUCUUAUAAUUUCAGAAGUAAAAGAGCAGCUUUUUGCCUUCAGAACUGGUGAAUGUAAAUUAUGGAUGCGCUUCUCUAUCAUUCUCACCCCAUCCAUUUGAAUUGAAUUCGGGCAUUUCUUCC